AUGUCACUCACGGAUAUCCAUACUAUAUCGUUCUCUUCGCUACUCCCGUCUGGCACGCUCCAUGGUCUUACACAGUCUGACAGGGACAGGCUGGCCGACUACGCCGAGGGAGAGACGCGCGCCGAGAGAACGAAGGAUUGGUGCGCUUUGGAUAAGAUCGAUUUCAUGGAUGCCAUUGGUGCCAUGGGCACUGUGGUGCAAGAACAGGACUUAGAGAAGAAAGUAUUCAUCCACCAGGGGACUACUGAAGCUGGAGUUUGUCAACACCAGCCGCCGGCGUCCGAACCGAUCAAGCCGUUUCAGAAAUGGAUAAAGACGUUGCAUAAACGAGCGUUGCGUCGUCAGGAACUGUUUGGGGGCGAUGGCAAUAAUACACCAUGCUGUCUCGAUAUGGAAGGGAGAAGUUCGAUGACUUGGGAUUCGGGGCACUAUCGGCACUCGUCAGAUUCGUCAUUCAACUUUGUGUCGGCGGUCAAAAGCGCCAGUAUCUCCCUGACAAGCGUCAGUGUCUUAACGCGCUCACGGAAAAACACGAUACGAUCAUCUCGUGGCCACUCGAGGACGGACCGCAGCAGCAGAGCUUCCGUCUCGGGAGCACGGCUUUCUGAAGACAGUUUCUGUCAGGAACGACAGGUGGUGCUGGAUCCCGCCGUCAUCGAGAGGUCGCUACAACGACGUCGAAUAUUGGAGGAGUUGAUCAGCACCGAAGAGAGCUAUAUUGGGGACGUGAGGUUCCUGAUGAAUGUUGCUUCUUUACCGACACUACCCGUCGCCAUACGUUCCUCCAUCAACCAGAACUUGACCGACAUUGUGGAGCUGCACGAGGAAAUGCUAGGAGAGCUCCAUCGAGCGGUCCCUCACUCUGAAUAUUCUCAGCUCGAUGUGCCGCUUCAAGCCCCCCAAGCUAACCAAGCUGCCCGGGGACACCAGCGUUGGAGGAGCCUUGAUGCUGUCCCGGAGGACAAAGACGGGGUAGCAUGGCUGCGAGAUGUGCCCGGGUUGCUCGCAGAGCCCCAAACGGUGGCAGAAGUUGCAAAGAUCUUCAAGAACAAGAUGAAUCGAUUCUUUAUCUAUGAAGAGUACGGGGCAAAGUACGAACUCAUGAUUAAAGAUGUCGCAUCUGCCCAUCGGACAAUGCCAGGGUGGCAGUCGUAUCAAAAGGGAUUGGAAGUUCUCGCUGCAUCCGUGGGCUCGAUCGACGGCCAAGGUGAUCAUUCCAAGAAGAGUCUGACCAUCGGUGACCUUCUUGUCAAAUACCCUUUGCUCUUCUCCGAGCUGCUCAAGCAUACGCCGGUGGUGGACUGUCCCUAUUCGCACAUGGAGAUCGAGAACACGCUUAUCAGGCUACGUGAGGCCACGGCCGAGAUCAACCGGGCCACAGACGACCCUCGUGUGCGUACGGUGCUGGAGAAAACUUGGAUUCUCCAGGACAGGCUUGCAUUUCCUAACCAGCAACUAGAUGCAACUACCAAGAACCGUAUUCGGUCUUUCGGCCACAUUCAGCUUUGUGGUGCCCUUCAUGUCUGCUGGCAGUCCAAAGAAGGGGUGAACGGGCAGUACAUGGUGGCGCUCCUGUACAAGGAGUGGUUUUGCCUUGCGACGGCUAGUAAGAUCGACCAGGUAUACACGAUUCAGGCGUGCAUCGCAUUGUCAAACAUUAAGGUGGAGGAGGUAGAUAACGGUCGAGGACUCCAGUGUCACACGGCGCCGUAUUCUUGGAAGAUUGUCUUUUUGUGCGACAACCAGCUGUACGAACUCAUCCUCACCGCCUGCACGCCGAAGGAGGAACUGGAAUGGCGCACUCGGCUCAGCAGCCGGACCUUGAGCGUCCCGGACCAGGACCUAAUGCAACCGGCCAUCUUCAGCUCGCUUUCACUGGAUAUCAAAACACUGGGGACUGUUUUUAGAAAACCAGGUAUGUACACGCGGGCCGUGAUGCUAUCGUGGGCAGUUACUCAUGACAAAACAGGAACCAUUGCCAGAAGAAUAUCGAUACACCGAGCAACGACGGUGGGGCCAAGAUCUCCUUUGUGUCAAGUCAUUCUCAAAAACACGAGCGUCAUCAAGGAUGUGCCGACAGCGAGCUACAGCGCUCAAAUCAACCGAUCGCAGUCCCUGUUGGCCACAAACCACCGUAUCCCGGUGUUGGCGCCUUCCCGUGGUGAAAGGGCCCGGCUCGAGGCUCUCAUGUCGGAUGUGUGGACCCGGGACAUACUGCCCUUUCCCGGGAUAACUGCCCGAUCCAGGAGCGAGCACCUUGUUAGGUCGUCGGCCUCGUCAGUCAUGCGGAAGUUAAGCGUCGUGAGUAUCGCGAGUAGUUUUACGAAACGUUCCGCAAGCCUUGCAAGCUUGCAAAAGAAUGUUACCACCGAGGAGGAGGUGACAACGCGAAAUAACAAGGAGGGUGGUGUUGUCCAAACGGCGGCGAUGAUGGCAACAACGACAUCAGUACGUGGGAGGUCAGAAGAUGAAUGUAUGUCUUUUCUCUCGGUCAUUCCUGAUGAAGCAGAGAGAAGCAGCUCCUUUUUGCUGGCAACGGGGCCAGAACAACAGUGGGAGUCGACCGCGACGGAGGUUUUCGCAACGACGACGGCAAAGGAACGGGUCGGCGAUAUCACGGCCGAAACAACGACACGCACAUCAGUCUUUUACGGGGGAGAAAGGAACCAGUCACGGCCUUGUACACCGAUGGUGGGUGUACUGCAGCCGUCUACGAACAGCUCGCGGCGGCCGAGCUUGCAAAAGUCGCAUUUUAGCGAGGCGUCGUUGUCCCGGGAAGAUCUGAAGAAGGAGAACAGGCUUACUUCGCCUCCAGACUCGGUAGGGAAGACUUCGUCUCGGUCACAAAAGCUUGCGAGUCGUUGGGCUAAAGUUGGGGUUCUCCAUCGCGAGGCGGUGGUGGGCAUCCGAAGCUUUUUGUUUCGUUGA